CAUCUUCUCCUGUCUGUCCUCAAACACAGGCAUCAUGUCCACUACGUAAUCCCGUACGAUGGGGACCACUCCCUGGUGGAUUCUUCAGAGAACUACUUUGUGAGUGACAGUGUGACGAAGCAGGAGAUGGACUUGAUGCUGGGCCUGCUGUUGGGCUUUUGCAUCAGCUGGCUGCUGCUGUGGCUGGACGGAGUCCUGCACUGUGCCGUCAGGGCCUGGAGGGCGAGUCGGUACUACGAUACUCCAUCCUGGUCAUGGCUGCCCCAGUUCUGCAACCUUCGAGACCUCCGUCGCCGAGCCCAGCUCAGGCAGCUCGAGGACUCCAGUGGUAACAUGGUCCACAUCAAGCAGAAGCUCUACCACAACGGUCACCCCAGUCCCCGACACCUCUGACUCUAAACACAAGAAAGAAGACGAAAGAUGAAUUAGUCCUCCUCCCUUUUCUUGAAACUCCUUCUUCCCUUCGACACAACACAGCCCCUUCGUGCCAAACUUCCUCGUGGCCAAAAGUUGCCUCAGAGACCUGGAAAACUGCCCUCCCUUUGUUUAUAAUAUGCUCCCCCUUUCACCCCAUUGGACAGGGGUGAACCCCCAUCUCUGUCUGCACUUAAAAAAAAAAUCCCAGAACGGAACGAGAUUAUUUAUUGCCACUGAAAUCUUAAGUUUAUGUCCACCAUUGUGGGAAGAAGAGGAAAAACAUUUUUAAAGGUGUUUUUUUUCUGUAUAGAGACAUUUUCUGUGUUUAUUGUUAAACUUGGCAUGCUCUCUUAGAACAGGGUAAGAUUUGGGCAGCGUAUGGAGUGGGAGGAGGCGAGACGGGUGUUUUUAUUUUCCUCUUUCGGGUGGGAUGGGGUGGUGGGGUGUUUAAAGGGUUGGAAUGCGACUGCCGGGUGGGUGAGUUUGGGUUUUUUUUUCUGUUCGACUGCUGCUUCUGUAAAUAGGUAUAAAUACAGAUAAGUGGGGAUUUAACAAAAAGGGGGUGAGGCAUGGGGUGGAGAGUUAUUUGGGUGAAGAAAAAUAUUGGAUUGUUUGAGUAAAAAUUACAGGGAAGGAACAGAAAGUUAAGUCUGUUUGCAAACUGGAUGUGAAAUGUGAUUUCUGCUAAAGAAAAAAACAAACAAAAAAACAGAUUAAUUAGCUUUGUUACCUAGUGAACUAACUGAAUGUAUUAUUUUUUUCUGUAAAUAUGUGAGGGGGGGUGGAGGGCGUGUGAGUUGGUGGUCCGAGUUCUCUUUGCUAAAUCACCAUCGUUUCGUUUUACGCACGAGGACAAAUAAAUGCCAGCCACAAUGAAAUCAGUUAACACCCAUCAGUGUUCCCCCCAAAUUCAGCUUCCUUUCAUCCAGUCCAUCAUCUAUAGCAAGCUCUUUGGGUAUUUAUUCCAUACUCUGGAAACCAAUCAUCAUUUUCACUCUAGUUCACAAUUAAAAUGAACUAGUUUCACAUUCGGUCACAGCAGGUGAACAGUUUGGUGCAUUACACUCAACAAACACUCGUACUAGUAGCGCUCUUUUAGCUGAUUAUUAGGUGUCAAAGUCAGAUUUUUUAUUCACUAGUAGCCCAAAAAUCCCAACUAGUGGGUUUGAAGGGACCACUGGACCAAACUAGGUACUACAAUUUAACUAAUGAGCAUAAAAACUAUGSCAACUAAAGGACAAGUGAGGCCAAAUAAUAUUUAACUAGUGAACUAUUUGGCAUUUUGGGCUUUACUAGUUAACUGGUAAGGCAAUAUUUAAUCAGAGAAGUCAACUAGUGUGACUAAAUUUGGCUCUACUAGUCAACAUUUUAGGCGCAAUAGCCGACUAUUUGACAUUUUUAGGGUUACUAGUUAACUAAAGAAACCUAAAAGCAUUUUAGGCCUGACUAGUCAACUAGUAAGGAAAAUUCUAGAAGAACUAAAUUUGACACUAACCAGUAAACAUUUUGGGCACACUAGUUAACUAAUGAAGCCAAAAAGUGUAUAACCAAUUAAUUAAUGAGCAUUUUGGUCCUGACUAGUAGGUAAAAUGUUGCCACACCUUUUUUUUAGUUUAUUAAUUUCUUUUAAAAAACAACGUAAAUUCAACAUACAACAAAAAUACAAAUCAUUAAUUAAAUGAAAGGUAGCAGAAGAAGAUGAAAUCUUAUUUUGUCUUCCCCUUUUUCUCUAAUAACUAAUUUAAAUCAAAAACAAUCUUUAGUUUAUAAAAAAUGAA